AUGGAACGUGGACAGACCUUCUUUCCGAGUGCUGGCCCACCGGAGGGUGAUUUCGUGGCACAGUUGGACGAAAUUGCGCGGACCGAGUUGCGUGAGGAUGAGCAAGUGCGAAAUCAAUCACUGGCCCGGAUGCGCGAGUGGAUCGCCAAGAACGGUCGUAUUCGGCGGUGCCGUACCGACGACCGGUUUCUGUUGAGGUUUCUGCGCGUGAAAAAGUUCUCUAUUCCGGGUGCGUGUGAGAUGCUGGAGAAGUAUCUGAUGAUUCGCCAAACGUAUCCACGGUGGUUCGCGCGGCUUGAUCCGGAUGAUGGCGAUCUGCGUGCGGUGCUGGAUGCAUGUUGUUUGUUGCCGAUUGGCCGCGAUCCGGCCACGGGCCGAAUCGUGGUGUUCGGCGUCGUAAGGAAUUUUAACGCACAGCGCUUCAACUCCGACAUGAUGAUCCGAUUGAACAUGUUGGUGGCCGAGGCGCUGCUGGACGAGGAACCGAACCAGAUCGCCGGAUUUACGCACAUCUUCGACAACGGUGGCAUGACGAUGGCGCACGUCACCUGCUGGACGCUGGAAAACCUGGCCGGUUAUCUACGUAGCGUCAUCAAUGCGGUGCCGGUGCGCCUGAAGGAAAACCAUUUCGUGAGCGUUCCCACGUUCGCGGCUCAGAUCAGCAAGUACUGCCUAUCGUUCGCCAGUGAUAAGCUGCGCUCCCGCAUCCAUUGUCACACCACGGUGGAGCAGCUCAGGGCGGCCAUCCCGGGCGAGCUGCUACCGCGCGAGUACGGUGGCAAAGGCCAAACGUUGGGCGAACUUAACGCACGAUUUCGGGACUAUCUGAUGUCGAAACGGAAGACUUUGCUCGCGUUGGACGACAUGGAGAUCGAUAUGCGAGAUCCGCGGGAGGUUGCGACCCACGAGGAGGCAGCAAGUGGCGAGCUGGUGGCCGACGGAGCAAUCGGCAGUUUUCGGCAACUGUCGAUCGACUAACGGACCAGAGGGACAGAAGGAGGUUCCUAAAGACCAAGUUGUUGUUGGAAAAAC